AUGGCGCGGCCGCUGGCGGUCCUGCUGCUGCUGCCCGUCCUCCUCGCCGGUCUCCUGUCGUGUCCCGGAGCCAUGGCCAGCUACCCGCCCAACUGCGCUCAGUAUGGGAACCACAUGUGUCCAAGGGACUACCAUCCAGUCUGUGGCACUGAUGGAGAGACCUACGGAAACGAGUGUGUGCUCUGCCUGGCUAACAGUGAAGACCAUACGCAUAUAGAAAUUGUCCGAAAAGGACAUUGCUGA